AGACUACCUUUAAGUAUUGUGGACUACCUGAAAGUGGCUGUUGGCAGUAAAAGCCAGAGCGCUUAUCAAUAUUGUCCCUGUGUCAAAAUGAAAACCAGUGUAAUAUCAGACCUGGACAUUUUAUUUUGAGAUCAAAUCUCGAAAAUUGUUGAGCAUUAUGUUGGAUCGCUGAAGAUUAAUCUUUACACAUUUAUAAAUUUAAAAUGUAUAUCUGGUAAUGAUUUUCUGUUUUCCAGGGAGGUGGCAGUGGCACGUUGCAUGGCAUGGGUAGUGUACAAAGAAAACUCAACACCAGGACGAUCCAUUGCUACCUAAAGUUAAGAUAUGACAAUCACAGUCGCAACUCCUUCUCAUAUGAGUUCAACAGUCACAAGCAGGACGGAAGUCAAACAUUCACUAUUAUAGAAACCAGUGGCCGUUCACUCAUUCAGCUGUUGUGCAACACAGAGUCUAAUAGUCCAACAUGUCCAAACUAUGGGAAGCAAGAGGAAAACCGUAUCCGGCAGCAGCAGGAGGAGAUGGAGCGGCGAAGACAGGAGGAGCAACGAAGACGACAGCAGGAGGAGAUGGAGCGGCAAAGACAGGAGGAGCAAUGAAGACGACAGCAGGAGGAGAUGGAGCGGCGAAGACAGGAGGAGCAACGAAGACGACAGCAGGAGGAGAUGGAGUGG